ACAGAGGGAAUGCUCACUUUUUUGCUGGAGUGACCCGAAAAAAUUACACAUGAGUGGAGCCUUGAAAGAUGGAGAGGAUUUGUAAUAUAGGUGAGGAUAGCAGCAUUGUUGUAUGUGACAGAGAGAAGGGUGAAUUAAAGACAUGUUCAAGAGAACUGCAUGCAAUCUACGGUUAAUGCAGGGUCCAUGUGGAAUAGCAGGCUAGCAGGCUGAAAAUUAUUGUAUUAUUGGAGUUGUAUGGAAUUUUGCUUGCCUAACUAAGACGUAUAUUAUUUACUUAGGUAAUGGGGAGCUAAGUAAGACUUUUGAACAAAGAGAUGGCAGUUUUAGUAUUUCAGGAAUAUUUAUCUGGUGAUAAUGGUCAGGAUUAACUGAAAAUGAUGAGAGACUGGGGACAGGAGUAGAAACUAUUCUGGGCAGGAACAUGUCUGAAAAUCUUCCCUGGUAAGAUGUCACGGAAAAGCCCGAACGAACUUUUUGGCCAGCCCAAUAUUUUUAGGGGAAGAGGUUUGUUUUCAGUUUUCCUUCUGUUAUUACAGAGGACUCAAAAUAAAGGAGAUUUCUGCAAAUGGUUCAGCAAGGGCACAAGUAUGCAAGCUCUCCAUAUAGGCACUGUGCUAGGUACUAGGCUAGAGUGAAGAACACGACAGGAUCCCAGUCUCUCAAGCAUUCAUGGUGUAGAACAGUGGUUCUUAACCCUCACCAUAUAUUAGAACCACUGGGGAAAAUUUCAAAAUCACAGUUGCCCAGGCACCUCCCCAGGGAUUCUGAUUCACCUAUCUAGGGUGACAUCAAGACAUAUUUAUAUUUUACAUUGUUUUUUGCUCUAAAUAAUUUUUGAGGAAUAAUUUUAGAAUUAUAUAAAAGUUGUAAAGGUAGUACAGAAGUUCCUAUAUAGCUCUCACCCAGUUUACCAUAAUGUUAAGAUCUCAUAUAACCACGGUCCAUUUAUCAAAACUUAAACUAAAAUUGUUAUAUUACCAUUAACUAAACUACAGAUAUUAUUGGGAUUUCAUUAGUUUUUCUGCUAAUGUCUUUUUUCUGCUUCUGGAUCCAAUCUAGGCUACAACAUUGCAUUUGGAGCAGUGGUCCCCAACCUUUUUGGCACCAGGGAUGGGUUUCAUGGAAGACAAUUUUUCCACGGAGGGUGGAAAGGCAGUAUGUCCCCCCUCUCCCCAUGAAGCAACAGGAUAAAAUGCUCAGAAGUAGAAUUAUAUAUACAGAGGAACUUGAUAAAUACACAGCGUCAUGCACUGGAUAUGUAGGUUGCUUAUUAUUUCGAGAGAGACAUCUUUAUGCAUAAAUCUUCAUCGACGUGCCCCCCUUGGAAAGGGUGGUAACUUGGAGCUUCUGACUGCCCUGGAAAGGCGGGCAACUGCAAGGGGUCCGCGCGAUACAGCAGACACACGUUCAGAAGCAGAACGAGGGAUCCAGGCCCUAAUCGCCACCUAGCGGUGGCCUCCGGCUCCGCCCGCCGCGCACCGCACUUCUCCUGCACUGCGCAGGCGCCAUGCAUGGAGACCGGAAGCGGAAGGCUUGAACGCGUUGGGUGGGCACCUGUGAGACCACUAGCCAUGCGCGACUUGGAGGAGACCGGCCCUCGACCCACAGCGACCUCGUGCGGGUGCGUGAAGCCGGCUCUGGAGACAGGGAAUCUUUUAACUGAGCCAAUUGGUUACUUGGAAUCCUGUUUCUCGGCCAAGAAUGGUACUCCAAGGCAGCCAUCCAUUUGUAGCCAUUCACGGGCUUGUUUGAGGAUUAGAAAAAGCAUCUUUAAUAAUCCUGAACAUUCCUUGAUGGGCUUAGAACAGUUUUCUCAUGUUUGGAUUUUGUUUGUUUUUCACAAAAAUGGUCAUUUGAGCUGUAAGGCAAAAGUGCAGCCUCCUAGGCUGAAUGGUGUGAAGACUGGCGUUUUCUCUACAAGGAGCCCACAUCGUCCCAAUGCGAUAGGACUGACCCUAGCCAAACUGGAAAAGGUCGAAGGUGGAGCCAUAUACCUUUCUGGAAUUGACAUGAUUCAUGGCACACCUGUACUAGACAUAAAGCCCUACAUAGCUGAUUAUGACUCGCCACAAAAUUUGAUUGAGCCUUUAGGGGACGUUAAUUUACAGAAUAACCAAUGUAAACCAAAAACCGUGUCCCAGUGUGACGGCAAGACUGAUAACUGUGACCAACAGCUCUCAGGGUACGAGGAACCACAGCUCUACAGUUGUACUAAGGAGAAACCUAAAUGUCCUGAAGAUAGAACUUCAGGAGAAAACAACGCAAAACACGACAACUCAGCAAAAAUCCAGCAAAGCUCACCUGAGCCCAGGGAAAGAGCAGCAGAUUUGGGUGAAGAAUCAGGAAGUGGUCCGAGUCCUGGGGUAGCAGAAGAGCAAAGUGGCCCAUGUUGCCUGGAGAAGAGCAUUUCAGAGGAACAAGCAGACAGCAGGCUGAGGAGAGGGGAAGCAGCGGUGGUCGCACAAGGACACAGCACGGAGAUGCCGCCCGAGGCUCUUCUCUGCCCUUCCAGGGCAGCUGGUGCAGCCCACCGCAGUGCGGUCCCCACCUGGGUGAGAGAGGCUCCCGUGGCCACCUUGGGAGUCCGGUUUACUCCUCAUGCGGAGAUGGACCUUGAGCACCUCAGCUCAGGUGAACCAGGUAUUGGUCAGGCUUCAUUUAACUAUUUUCAGUCAGCGGAGGAAGCAAGGUGUGCCAUCGAGGCUGUGCUGUCAGCCGACCCUCGGUCUGUGUAUCGACGGAAACUCUGCCAGGAUCGUCUUUUCUACUUUACAGUAGACACAGCACAUGUCACGUGCUGGUUUGGUGAUGGCUUUGCAGAGGUCUUAAGGAUCAAGCCAGCUUCUGAGCCUGUUCAGAUGGGUGACCCUGCGGAGUCCUUGGUGCCUCUGGGAUCGUGAGUAGCCUCCGUCGAGUCUUUAAGGCAGCCUAAUUGACUUCGGUGUGGCUGUUGGAUUUUCUGUACAAGCUAAUGAUGUGCCUUCUUUGCAGAAAGAAGCAACGCUUUGUGAUCUCACUGCUUUGAUUGAUUUGGGUUGUUCAGAAUAUUUAUUUGAAAAACAUGUAUUUUAAUAAACUAAGAGAUAAAGAAUUUGGAGAAAUCGCCAUAUCAUGAUCGUUUUUGAUCAGUUAAUAUUGAAGAAUCCAAAGGUGAUGCUUUAUCACUGUUUUCUGAAAGAAGUCAAUUCUUCUUGGCACUUGAUAAAACUAACUGGGCAGAAGCUGGGUGGAUGUGUUGAACAAUUCAUGUUGGUUUUUUUGUCUGAAAAAGCCUGACCUCUCUGUUUUAUUCUAAAUCAAACUGAGUUAUGGUAUCUUAAGAAACUUAACAAAUCAAAACCAAGUAGUUAUAAAGAUCUUUAGAGAUUAAACCCCUGUGUUUCAGAGACUUUGCCAUACACUCACGCAUGCACACACGCACACACACGUAUGUGUAAUAUUUAAUCCUGAUUCCAAAAUUAGAGACGCUAAGGUUUCUUUGGAUGCCUUUGUAUCAGAAAAGAAAGUCACUCUGAGAAGUCCAAGAAAAUAACUUAAUUACUGGUUUAUUUCUUGUUUAUUCUAUGACUGUUUACUGAGAACUAUUGUGAGUUAGGUUUUGGUGAUAGAAUGAAAUGAACAGGAUGCAAUUCUUGUUGCAGGUCAUAGUUGUGGAGGAAGAA